UGUGUGAGAAUAGCCUUUAACUUUUGGCUUCCUCUUGGUAUGUGAGAUGUAUGAGUGACAUUCUUUUGUGAGUCUUGAUUCGGGAACGACGUGUUAAGUCAAUGUUCAGUCAGCAGACAUGUUAAGUAAAUAAAUAUAAUUGAAAUUUAUAGAAACUUGUGAUUAUUGGGAUCUUGGGGUCUGAUCCCAUAAAUUUAUUAUAAUAAUUACCCAAUCCCCACACUGGUGACUUCCCAACGCGAAACAUACAUUUUUGUGUGAUUGCGAACACGCAUGGAGUAUAUACAAUUUACAUCCAUGAAUAUUAAAAAUUGGUUAAUGGCAUCGAAAUUGCAUUUCAUCGAUUUCCAAAGAGGAGAAUUUAUUCUAUCUGCGAACAUUUAAAUUUUCGAAUUUGCGACAUAUUUUCUGUCAACUUCGGAAAGUUUUUUUUCGCACCACGUUUUUGGAGGACGCCGCUGCCAUUUUGAAUUUUAUCAAUGCUGAGCAACAGACUAUUGCAGCCGACUUUUUCACCGCCUUUGAUGAAUAGUGGCUUCGUUUCCCGACUUCACAAUACAACUUAAUUUUUCGCCAACUUCAACACUACACUGACGAUUGAUUCCUGGUGCGCUGUGGUGAGGAGUUAAAAUAUAAAACGCUUUUAAAAGGAAGCAUGGGCACAAAAAUUGAGCCCAUGCAAGAGAUUAAUCGCACGGAGGAGAUAAUUUGGUGCUGCGCAUUGCCUUCCUGUCAAUAUAUUCGAGGGUCAUUUGCCGUUCAGCGCUUUCCUUUGAGGUGGAACCUCAAAUUGUUUGAUUAAUCGACAAGGAGGACGAUUAUGGACGUCGUCGUCUACCAGUUCACAACCAGCAUCACCAGCGAAUUCGUCGCCGAAAAAAGACUCGUAGCGUAUGGUAUUUUUGUUGUGAGUUUGUGUGUAAUCACAUAUUUUUUAUCGUGAUUUGUCUCUUCUCUUUUUAUUCAUUUUUGACAAAUAAUUUUAUUUAAUUUUAUUUUCAAAAAAAAAAAAAGAAAAGAUUUUUCUUUCUUUGAUUUAAUCACAUAUAAUUUUAAAUUCAUAUAAUAUAUAUUUAUUGUGAUAUGACAAAGUAUGAUUCAAGGUUAAAUUUCGAAUUUCCUUGAUUGAGUUAAAGUGUUGAUUGUUUUUGAACAUUUGUUGUUCGACUGAUUUACUAUUUAUCGAGGGGACUUCAUCGAAUUUGAUAUCGAAUUUUAUUUUUCAAAUUAAUUUAAAAAUUAUUUCUCUUUUUAUUAUUUCCUCGCGAUUUUAUUGAGAAUAUUUUAUAUAUUUUUCUUUUUUUUCGUUUAUGGUGAGCGACGGGUACCUCGCGUAUUUUUAUCGUGUUUAAUUGGUGUCAAUUUUUUUUUUUUCUUAACAUCAUGGGUGAGGAGGAUGAGAACGCGACCAGAUCGCAGCUCGUCGAUGAACGCUUAACUGAAUUACAACAACAAUUGAAUCGAGUUACCGAAAAUAUUGCGAAUUUGCGGGAGGUGCCUCGCGUUAACGACUAUCGACAUCAUAAGUUGCCUCGGUUUAUUUCGAACGAUCCUACAUUUUGGUUUUUACAAAUAGAAUCGGUUUUUCUUAACGGUCGUAUUACAGCGGAAACAACAAAAGCUAAUCACGUGAUUGCGGAACUAGAUCCUGAGAUUUUAAUUUGCGCUCGUGAUAUUUUAUCAAUUCGACCAACACCCGGGAAUAUUUAUACUCAGAUUAAAAAUCCGAUAAUCGCUAAUUAUUCUGUAUCUACGGAAACUAAGCUCAGACAGCUUCUUAAGGAAGAUAUUCCAACCGACGGAAAGCCAACGUUGAUCUUAACACGUUUACGAGGUUUAGGCGACGCGCAUUGUAGCGAAGCAAUUAUUAAAUCGGUGUUUCUCGAUCAAUUACCAUCUUCAACUCGCGCGAUUUUAGCCGCCUCUCGUGUAUAAGGUCUUCAAGACUUAGAAGAUUUAGCUGAUAAAGUCCAUGAAACAAUGAAUAUUCCUAAUUCGUGUUCCGCGGUCGGUACGUCAUCUGUUAAUUCAAGUCUAAAUCCAUUAUCAGUAAUCGAGAAUCAAAUUAGUAAAUUAGUUGCUCAAGUUAGCGCGUUAAGUACUAAAUUUUCUAAAGAAAACAGUCAUUCUCGUUCUCGAUCUCGGAAUGAUCAGAAAAAUAAUAGAAAUCGCUCGUGUUCUGAAAGUAAUAAAUCAAAUUGUUGGUAUCACCAUAAAUUUGGUGAUAAAGCCACCAAAUGUAAAAAACCUUGUUCGUAUUCAACAGUUUCGAAUAAUAAUAAUCAUAACAACAAUCGACAGUCGGAAAACUGAAAACGCCUCCCCGUUCGGAGACUAUCGCUUUCGGCGUAAACUCUAAGCGUCUCCACAUCAGAGAUCGAAAAUCAGGUCUUCUUUUUUUGAUCGAUACCGGGUCUGACGUGUCCCUUCUUCCGAUACAGUCAAAUUCGAAACUCAGACCAACUGAGAUUUUUCUUUAUGCGGCAAAUAAUUCUAAAAUUCCAACUUUUGGAGAAAAACGUUUGUCGUUGGACAUUGGAUUGAGGAGAGACAUUAAUUGGAAUUUUUGUUUGGCUGCAGUACCUUACCCAAUCAUCGGGGCAGAUCUGUUAGCCAAUAAUAAUAUUCUUGUAGAUUUGGCUCGACGAGAGUUGACCGAUUCGAUUACUAGUUUGACGAGAAAUUGUGAGGUUCGUAGGGUAUCAUCGUGCAGUAUAACCACUGUUAAUUACACAGGCACACAAAAAAAAAGUGUCGUGGCCGAGACA